GUCGGUAUAAAUGUUAAGCGAGAUUUAUAAAAUUUAAGUGUUUCAUUUAAUUUGACAUAAAAGCGUGGAAAGUAGCACAGUAGCACUGUAGCAAUACUUAAAAAACGAUAUGUUCGUGAAUCAAAAACCACAUUUCCCAUAGUACAACUCUUCCGUGAUGACAGUCCGAGUUGAUUUUUGACCCAAGAGAAGUCAACAUACACUGAUUUGAAUAAAAACUGUGUAAGACGCUGAUGGAAACGUAUACAUUGUACUGUAAGACCUUCAGAGCUAUUGGGAUCAUGCAGUGAAUCGCUCCUGGCACUGACUGGUGGUUCAGGACACUGCGUCCUCUCUUCUGCUGGGUCUCUCUCGUGUCCGAUGCCAGGAUGGCGGCAGACGUCCACAAUAAGGGUGCACUCUGGGAGGUUAAAAAUAGUAACUUGGUGCCACCAGAUCGACUCCGGCAGGACCGAUCGGACAGUCCGACCCCAGGGCUGGUGGAGGGGACCGAGCCAGGCGCUGGACAGGAGGGUGCCAUGUUUGUUCAUGCUCAGUCGUUUGAGGACCUGACUGCUGACAGCGAGCCCAACACCAAUGACAAAGCUGCAGAGGUGGGCGACUCGAAUGUAGGGAAUGCUCAAGAAGAGGCUCUGGAAGGAGGUGAGGAGGGAGGUUUAGUGGUUGAACAGGUGGAAGAAGGGAAAGAGGAGGUUCGGAACCGCAACAAGGCAAAACAGGAGGAUGUGACAAGUGAAAGAUGGCGGAGUCACAGGAAGCAUAUGUUUGUCUUGAGUGAGGCAGGAAAGCCCAUCUAUACACGCUAUGGAACAGAGGAAGCUCUCUCCAGCAUCAUGGGAGUCAUGAUGUUACUCAUGUCAUUUGUAGAGGAUAAGAAGAACAUCAUACGCUCCAUCCAUGCAGAUGGCUACAGGGUGGUGUUCCUGCGGAAAAGCCCUCUCAUCCUGGUGGGAGUCUCUCGCACUAACUGCUCAGACCGGGAAUUGACGCGAGAGCUUCAGUACGUCUACUACCAGAUUGUUAGCUUGCUCACCCUCACGCAGCUGAACCACGUCUUCCAGCACCGGCAGAGCUACGACCUGCGCCGCCUGCUGGCCGGCUCAGAGCACCUCACCGACAACCUUCUGCGGCUCCUCGACCGAGAUCCAGGCCUGCUGCUGAGCGCCGUCAUGUGCCUGCCUCUGGCCAGCUCGGCCCGUGACAUGGUCUCCUCCAGCUUGCAGGCUGCUAAAGCCAAGAACCUGGUGUUCUCCAUCCUGCUUGCCGGAAACAGGCUGGUGACGCUGGUGCGCAAAAAAGACCAGUUUCUGCACCACAUGGACCUGCAUUUGCUCUUCAACUUGGUCGGCUCUUCGUCCUCCUUCCGAGCAGGCGAAGGGUGGACGCCCAUAUGUCUGCCCAAGUUUAACCCGGCUGGAUUUUUCCACGCACAUAUUUCUUACCUGGAACCGGCCUCGGAUCUGUGUCUUAUCCUGGUGUCCACAGAUCGUGAGGAUUUCUUUAACCUCUCCGACUGUAAGAAGCGGUUCCUAGAGCGCUUGCGCAGACGCAGUGCAUAUCAAUCCCUACAGGAAGCAUUGAACACGCCAAGUUAUCCAAUCUCACAGGUUGGCAUACCUGAGCUGCGACACUUUGUGUACAAGUCUAAAAGCUCUGGGCUCUAUACAAGUCCUGACUUUCCAGCACCAUACCAGGCAGAAGAGGAGCAUGAGAAGCUGAUGGGAUUGUACCAGCACCUGCACAGCUGCCUGCAUCACCCCACACGUCCCCUGCGCUACAUUUACCACUGCACAGAGACCGAGAACCUUUAUGCCUUGGUAACGAGUGGUUUCGAGCUCUACCUCUGUUUUAGUCCUCUGGGAACAAAGGGCCUGGCUGUGUCUGCCGUCAACAAGCUCCUGAAGUGGAUCAGGAAGGAAGAGGAUCAUCUGUUCAUACUCAGUCCGUUAACAUACUGAGCCAGUUUAGGCAGUUCUGAACACCAGAAACACUAGUGAACGUCUGACCCCAGACUGCUGAAAGAGCAGCAUCUGUGACCCUACUUGAAUGGAUAAGGAUGUAAACGGAUGCUGUCAGAUAUUAGGGGUUUAUUUGCUAUUUUGAGGGCUACUCACGCUGGUGAAGUACCAGUACCAUUCCUAUGAGCAGUUGUCAAAGUAUAAAAAACGAUAAUUGCUUUCAAACAUGGCCCUUUGAAGGCAGUAGAUUAGCACUAACAAUCUAAUAAAUGCUCAAUGUUUUUGCACUGCUGGAAACUAAACAUCUAGGCCUGUGCUUUUUACUAGACCAGCCACUGUUUAAACUUAACAUCUAUGGUUUUAAAUGAGCCAACAAUGAGUGACAAAUAUUACUUAUUGCUUAAAUAGAUUAUUGAGCUGUGGCCUUCACAUUUCCUGGUUUCCACGAGAAGAUAAACUAUUCAUGUCAUAGUUAGAAUUGUAUGUUUCCAGCCUGGUGACAUGCAAAUACUGUAAGUGUGGUUUGGUGGGACUAAAAGUAUUUCCUUGCUAACAAAACUGACUAUCUAUAUAACAGGCUUUUCAUUUUAGAGAUGUGACUGAGUAGGUGCAAACGGUGCAAAAUACCCGAAGCAUGGCUCGAUUUGAAGAGGAAUCCAGAAAUUAAUUGGUCUGUAUAAAGUGUCAUUGUGCCAAAUGUUUCAAUGACUGACCAUGUGUUGCUACUGAGGGCUUCCCCAAAUCCCUAAAGGACCGAUCAGAGAUACCUCUGAAGUAAUAUUCUCUUGUAUGUUUCAUAGAUGUACGUGAUUAUUAAUGUUACUAAUGCUUUAAUUGGAAUGAAUAGGAUAUGUGACGCUGUGUGUCAGGAGGACUUCUAAUGUACUCACUGCUCAUUUAUGGUCUUGUUAUUCUUGUCUUAUGUGAAAUCAUGGGAUAGAUGACGUAGACGAAACUAGGUUGAAAUUUGCACAUCUCAUGUUUCAAAUAUAUUGGUGGGGGUGGAGGCACUCAUGUUUAUGUUUACUUUUUGUCUAAAGCUAU